UUGGAUGCUGAGGAGGGAAAUUCGAGAGUUGAUCAUCAUCGACCAGGUCGCUUAGUGGUCGGGAAGCCUGCGAUGGCUAAAGUCGAAGUCGUGCUGCCCCAAGAGGCAUUUAAAUGUAACAGUGUCGCGGAUGACACGCUUCAGCCCUCACUUUCGGCUAUCGUUCCCAAGAAUGUUAAAUUAGCUAAACAGCCUCCUAAACGCAAAAAUAGAAAACGUGCUUUUAAGGAUUCUCAGUCCAGGAAAAAUUCCUAUAUGUCAUCAAAAACUUUGAAAAAUGCUCCUGUGGUCAAAAAACAUUCGGGUAAACUUUCUUCGAAAAAGAAAAAUAAAAAUCGCCGGAAAAGGAAAUGGAAACCAUACUGUAAGCUGUCUUGGACCGAAAGGCGAGAGUUAGAGGAAAGAAAUUCCAGGAGGGCUCUCCGAAUCCGUGAGGAAAUGUCAGCGAGUGGAUUACCCCUUGCCCCUUACAACACCACACAAUUUUUGAUGGAGGAUCACGGUACUCAAGAACCUGAUUUCAAUACUUUUUCAAUUGGCACUCGCCAUCGGGACAACAGCAAUAGUGUGAACUCUUCAGAUGAAUUCUAUAGUUGUCCGGAAGACGAAGAAGAAUUCCUGCAGAGACAAUUUGUUCAGACCUAUGAGGAUUUGCAGUCCGAGCGUCUGCAGACCAUGUCCAAGAGCGACUUGGUGGAGGAGUACGUGCGUUUGGAGGAUCAGGUGGAGGAAUUGGAAAAGACUUUGGAAGAAGCAAGAUUGCAUAAACAACCGGAGAGGACAACUGUCCGGCCGGCCGGAUUUAACGUUGCCGCGGAACUUGAAAAAAUCAGAGUCUUCAGAGAAGAGAUCGAAAAACUGACGCUCGAAAAUGAUAUUUUAGCGCGGCAAAAUGAAAUUCUCCAAAUGCGCAUGAUGGAAAAAACGUGACAUUUUUGAUUUCAUGAAGAUGUUCAAAACUCAUUGUUGAAUGUUUUUUUUUUUUUUUUUUUUUUUUUUAAAUUUCCAGUGACUUUGUUACAUAUCUUCUAAGAAUCACGCCUUUUCGUUCAACGAUCCAUUGAAUUUUGGAUUUUUUCAUUAUUAUUCGCUGUAUAUAUUCGCUACUUGAAUCACUUAAUGUGCUCGAAGUAAAGAAAAAUUUCGUAAACUCAUAAAA